GUAUGUAAGUGGAACAAUACCCAUCCCCACACACUACUUUGUUGUGCUGACCAGCUGCUUAGACUUCACACAGGCUGCAGACUCGUGUAGCGGUCCGCUCAGCAGCGCCGCAUUCAUCCUGCCCCACAGACCCAGCAAUGAUGAGACCUGCAACAGCUCAGAGGAGGAGUCCCGCUGGGUGGAGGACCUGAUGAAGAUGCAUACAGCUCGGGUCAGAGACGUGGAGCUCUUGACAGGCCUGGACCUGUACCGCAGAACCACCCGGAGCUACGCUGAAAUCCUCUCGCUGAAAACUUAUAUGCACACAUACGAGAGUGAGAUUUGAUCUCUGAGGGCUCUGUUGAUGCUUUUGUUACUGAUCUUUUUCAGCCGUGGUGGAUGUAUGUGGUACAAGGAAGAGAUGGGAUUGUCUACACUGACCUACACUAGCUUCUUCUCUUCCUGGGCACUGUUGCUAUCAUCUGUAGCUGUUCUGCCCCUUCACUGAGCAUUUGGAUUCCUCUCAGUCAUUUUAUCUAUUCAGCAGGACAGCAAGACAUUUCUUCUGCUAUGUGUUAUUGUUUCAUGUUUGACUCUCAAAUUUAAUAAAUUACAACUUGCAUUCAAGCAAAUUACAUCAAACAGAAAGACACCUUCAAAUUAAGGACAGCCACAUGAAAAGUCUGGACCUACAUAUUAUUCUGGCAUUCCAACACACAGUUAAUCUUAUUUUAGAAUCCACUUAAAAUUUAAAAGUCAAGGGCUCAGAUUAUAUCUGUUUUUCUGCCGUACUGUGCAAACCACCAGAGAGGUUGUUGAGGUUGACACUAAUCUGCCCUGUAAAAUGUUCAUGACAAAAAAUGAAAUCACCAGCAACAUGGCCUCAACAACUUGUCAGGGGAUCCAGGGGCAGGAUAUUUACUGCCAGGCCGCCACUCAACUUCAUAACUACUUCAUAGUCACAUACAUAUACUGCAGAUAUACCAUUAUGAUAUUUCUAUAAAGAACCUGUACAAUUAAUAAAAAUCUAAGCUAAUAGCACAAUAUUUCCUGUGUGAAAAAUAUAGCAUUUUAUUAGUCUUUAUUGCAGCACAAAUAAUUAACAUCAGUUCCCGACAGAACAACCACAUCAGUACUAAGGCA